AUGGCCGCGGCAACAGCCAUGCCAGUCGCCGAAGAAUCUCGGGGCGAUAUGGCUCCAGCAUUGAAGCCGCUGUCUUUCAAGGCAUCCGAGCUUCCAUUGUCGUCUGCCGUACGGUCGGCCAUCGAAACGCUGGCACAUGGUUUCAAGAAGAAGGGCGGAUACGACGAGAUUCGGAAGCAGGUCUGGGAUAAGUUCGAGGCAAGCGACUACGAGGCACAAGUUACGAAAUCAAUUUUAGAAGUUGCCGAGCAGGAAGUCGAACGGAAUGCACAUCAGCUCCUGACGCUUGAUCGGGGCAAGGCUGCUGCCCUAAUCGAUGGCGCUCUUGACCGUAGCGGUGUUUAUCAGAAGGCCGAGGCUGUUAUCGAGAGCCUUAUCGACUUCAAGGCAAUAGAGAACAACAUUCGCGAGCUGAGGCGUGCCGAGAUUGGCGAAGAAGCAGCCCUUGCCGAACAGGAGCGAGGUUCAAAGACCGACAUUGCUUAUGCCGCAGAUCGGGCUGCUAGGCAGGCCGAGCGCGAAAAGGUUAGGGAAGAACUCCGGAAAGUGGAGGAGAUGAAACGGAAGCUCGAGCGGGAUAUCCGGGAAAAAGAGGAGCGAGCCGCUAGGGAGGCGCGAGAAAAGGAGCGCGAGGCGAAGCGCAAGGAGCGUGAGAAAGAGCGGGAACGAGAUCGCAGCAAAGAUAGGCGCGAGAGGCGACGUGAAAGCCGAGACAGGUCACGGCGCGCAAGUAGAGACCGUGAUCGUUCGCGGUCACGCCGCCGGGAUCGUUCACGAAGGCGUGACAGAAGCAGGGAUGGGGCCAGAGACCGCGACCGCGACAGGCACCGUGACUCCGACAGGAGAAGGAGCACCAGGGAUGACGAUCGGUCCAAGGAGCCAUUGUCUCAGAAAGACCUACAGCGCCUGGAAGAGCAAGCGCUCGCGGAUCUUUUACGGGAGAGCACCAAGGACACGCCAAAGCAGCCAGAACUCGAGGUUGAUGAGACGCUGGUACCACCACCGCGGAAGAAAGCCAAACCUGGAUCGGCAAUAUUCUCUCGCAGUGACUCUAACCCAGAUGCCAAGAAUGCUUCCGAAGGCAAGAGGCUGUCGGCGACAGCGCCCAUCGCCAAGCCAUUGACACCGGUUACCAAGCCACCGGCAAAACCUGAGGUCAAGACGAUCAAGGAGAUCAGGAUCAAGACGGUGCCCAUGGCUGAGGCCCCAGCUCCGCCUCCAUCUCAAGCACUGCCCAAGGCAGAAGCACCUACAAAGACCGUGAGCAAGGUCGACGACCUAGUAGCUCACAGCGAUCGUCUGACCGUGACCGUGACCGUGACCGUGAUCGUGAUCGUGACCGUGAUCGUGAUCGUGAUCGUGAUCGUGACCGUGACCGUGACCGUGACCGUGACCGUGACCGUGACCGUGAUCGUGACCGUGAUCGUGACCGUGGCCGGGACCGUGAGAGGUCACGAGACAGACAUACCCGAGAUAGGAGUCGAGCCCGGGACCAUAGUCGACAAUCUCGGAUCGACGAUCGAAGACGGUCUGAUCGUCGAUCCAGAUCUCCUCGGCCCAGACGUGACAGCCGCAGUUACAGAGAUCGCAGCAGGUCCCGCAUUAAGACAGACAGGAGGGAUGAAAGAAGCCGCUCCAGGACUAGGGUGGAUCGCCGUGAUGAUCGCAGAGAUCGCAGCCGCUCCAGAAUACGUAGGGAUGAUCGCCGAGAUGAGCGAAGGGACGAUCGCAAAGAUGACCGACGGGACCGAAGGGAUCGAAGCCGAUCUAGGGCGCGCUCCCCCCGAAGGGCGCGCAGCAGCUCAAGACGAGCAACGGAACGACGAGGGGCAGACCGGGGCGUUUCCUCAACCAGAUCUACCUGGAGACAGCGCAGCAGAUCUCGGGCGAGGUCACCUAGACGGGACAGGAGUAGACCCAGGGAUGAUUCCAGAAUCGGACGUGGCCGUGAUCGAUCCCCUGGAUAAAGAUGUUGCUUCCAAGGACACGACGAAAUCAAUCCCCACAACAACUUCGAAUGAACCAAAGCCUCCGGUUCCAGCACAAACCACCACUGCGGGAGGCUCCGAGACGAAGAAACCGACAUCUGUUCCGAAGACCGACGUUGGAAAGCCUCCAGAGAAAGCCGAUGGCGACAAGGAUAAGGCUGGAGGCCGGGCUGUCGAUGACCGGGAUGCCAGAGAUCACCCAUCCGGCGCGACAGAAGCAGACGGCGCCGCAGCCGGUCACGCCAAGACGCUCCAUCCACAGCUACGCGACCACCCCCCAGUCUCGAUAGGGAAGGGAAAGAGGAAUGGAAGCAGGAGGAAGUCCGCAAACGCGAAAAGGAAGCCCGUGCCUACUUGGCAGCACAACGAGAGAACCGAGAACGACCAGCCUUGGUCUCCGGCUCGGACGACAGGCGCAGCCCAGGCGACCGCUCGCCAGAUGUCAAGCGUACUGUCACUACCAGCACACGCGAAGAGAUUGACCGUUAUGUGCCUGGCGAUCGCCGAUCAAAUAUUGAUCGGCAUACCACGAGCGGACGAGAUCGUAGCCGCAGUCGCGACAGGGACAGGGAUCGGGCCAGGGAAAGAAGCCGCGAGAAGGACAGGCGAAAUGAUAGGGAUCGUCGCGAUGACAGACGUGACGACAGACGCGAGAGACGCCGCAGCCGUUCCCGAAGUCGUAGCCCCCGGAGAGACAGAGAGCGCGAUAGCUAUCGAGACCGAGAUCGUACCUCACGUCGAGACAGGUCAAGGAGCGCCUCUCUCAGGAGGCGUCGCGAUCGCAGCCGGGAACGAGACAGGGUGA